AGCAUGGUCUGCUCAUGAAAGCUCAGCUUGCAAGCUGAAGAGGGGUCGGGUUGCAGGCGAUGUACUCUACGCAGGGCUACUCUGACCAGCAGCCGCUGACGCAGCCAGCGGGUGGCCCAUACUCGAGUGGCUAUGACAACAGAGCUGGGGCCGGCGGCCUUCCGGCCCAGGGUGGCUACCCGCCUCAGGGGCCUUACGGCCAGCAGGGCCCCUAUGGGAACUACCCCUACCCGCAGCAAGGCGGGCCGCAAGGUGGCGGUACCAAGGGCCUUCCUUUGAACCCAGACUGGAGCUUCGCGUUCUUCGUAGCGGCGUGCUCAACAAUGCUGGGAGCCUUCAUUGGGGGCCUGUGCCUCUUUUUCUCUUUUGAGCUAGUAGACUUUCUGGAGAUGUGCUACAUCCUGCUUUUUGGCGGUGUUCUGGCUGUGAUGGACACGCCCUGCCUCAAGACCAUGAAGACAGUGAAGGACCACAGGGAAUACUUCUCCAAGUAUGUGAACAUCCUCACGAGAGUCACAGGCAAGGGCAUUGCCUUCUUGUUCCUUGGCUGCUCGCUCUUCUCCACGAUGUGGGACAACCUGGAGAGCCCCGGCUUAGAGUUCCUGGCCUUCGUGCUGUGCAUGGUGCCCGUGGUAGUUGGAAUCGGAGCAUUGGUGAUCGGCUUCAUCAAGAGCCAGAAGCUCAACAAAGCGCGGACGGCCUUGGCCCAGGAGGCCGAGAACGUUGGGGCGCUCUAUGACCAGCAUGCCAGAACCUACUCAGGGCCGCACGGUGGCCUCACCAUGCUGGAAUUCAGCGACCUGACCUUCAAGAUCAUCGGCUUCAAGUGGGAAGAUUCGGACCUGAAGCUGAUCUUCAACGCCCUGGUCAGCAACCCCGCGUGGCGCACCAAUGCCACCAACUUCUCCCCAGGCUUUGGCCAGCAGCAAGUGGAGAUGGCCAAGAUCCCCCGCGAGGACCUGAUUGGGUGGGUGAGGGGAGGUAUGGUUUGGCUCUGAAUGCCCGAUUCGGUGAGACCCGUUCGGAGCGUCCGGUGAUAAGCCGGAGGGCUGCGCAUUCAUUGAAGCACAGGGUGGAGGAUCUUUUUCGUGCGGCUCGCAGCGUGUCGCGCAAUAUCGUGCAUGGGGCAAUUCGGUAAUCAGGUGUCUCAAGCCCAGAUGGUGCAGUGGCUGUGCAUGCAGAUUGGCACAGCAUAGAUGCAGCCUUUUUUGCGGCACAGACCACCUGCAGUCAUUGAACUAAUUAGAUGUGGCUUGCUCAAGAUGCUGACUCCUACA